GGCAAAUUGAAAUUUCCGACAAAUCUCUCUCACUCUCUCAGAAGUUCUUUGACAGAAGGAACGUCACGGUGGGGAUGCAAUUCCCGACACGAGAUCGGUUCCAGUUCUCUCGGGGAUUGGGAUGCUGCCCGUCCGAUCCGGCUGUCCCUUCCCGGGGCUGCCUUUUCCUGCAGUGCUUGCAUCCACUCACUGGGCAGCUCACGUGUUAAAUCGUGCGAUCACGGCGAAGGGAAUGACAAAGAGGGCCAUGACUGAAAGGCACCGCAGCUGUGGCCACUCCUGUCUCCGGGUCUCAAGCGCCUUGAUCGGACUACGGUGGAACAUUCACCAUCCCAACGAAUGUCGAGUUCUGGAACCCCAUCGUUUCUGUCACCGACUGUCCAUCUCCCGCUCGGCACUGAGCGAGAAUAUGUCAGAAGCUCAGACAACGUCUGCUCUCGAUCCAUGGGUGCGCGGAUAGGUGGGGUGGAUUGAUAGGCGAGUGCGUCUCCUCCCCGUCGGCCGCUCAUGGCCCAUGACAAAACAUUCUGGACGAUAAUCUCGCAUUUUAAUUCCCAUGGACAAGAACGAUGAUGAUGUAGACUAAGCAGACACCCGAAAUCAGCCUCACCGCCGCAAAGAGCCAGUUGCUGAGCGUG